UGGCGACGCGGCGGGCGACGCGCUCUCACCGCGACCCUCCCCGGAAGCGGGCGGGCCGGCGCGGCGCUGAUUGCGUCACGGGGGGGCGGUGGCGGCUUCUUCUUCUUCGGCGGCGGCGGCGGCGGCAGCUGCUGGACGGGCCUGGGGCGCCGCCAUGGAGAGCGCGAGCCAGGAUAUCAACCUUAACUCUCCCAACAAAGGUCUGCUGUCGGAUGCCAUGACAGAUGUUCCCGUGGAUAGCGCGGCUUCGGCCAGGACCUUGGCGCCCGAAGGGCUGACUCUUGCUGAAGAGGAGGAGUUGAGAUCUGAGCUUGCCAAGGUUGAAGAAGAAAUUGGCACUCUCAGGCAAGUUCUGGCUGCUAAAGAGAGGCACUGUGGAGAGCUGAAGAGGAGGCUCGGUUUGACUCCCUUGGAUGGGUUAAAGCAAAACCUGUCUAAAAGCUGGCAUGAUGUCCAAGUCUCCAAUGCUUAUGUGAAAACAUCUGAGAAACUUGGAGAGUGGAAUGACAAAGUGACACAGUCUGACUUAUAUCUUUCAGCCAGCAGCACACUGGAGGACUGGAAUGAAAAAAUAACUCAAUCAGAAGCUUAUAAGAAGACCCAGGAAACCCUUUCCCAGGCAGGACAGAAGACUUCAGCAGCGCUUUCCAAUGUAGGUUCUGUUAUCAGCAGGAAACUUGGUGACAUGAGGGCUCACCCCUUCUCGCAUUCCUUUAGCAGUUACUCCAUUCGCCACUCGAUAAGUAUGCCAGCGAUGAGGAAUUCUGCAACCUUUAAGUCAUUUGAAGAUAGAGUUGGGACCAUAAAGUCCAGAGUGGUCGGCAGCAGGGAAAAUAGCACCGAUGGCCUCCACUCCCCCUCGGGAGCUGGUGACAAGCCUCCCCAAGACAAUGCUCCUUUCUAGACCUGUGAUGUGGCUUUGCACAGCUGUGCACAACUGUAAGAGCAAGCCCCCCUCCCUCCCAAGUCUUCACAACAGCAACAACAUGCGAAUCCAAGAAGGGGCUGAGAGCCAGUCUGGAGAGAUCCAUUAUUCAUUCAUAGACACUGCUGCUGGAUCGAAGUCAAAUAAAGAGAAUGCAAAGUUUUGUACACAAAUAAUAUUUUACACUAAAGUUUGUAGAUUAAAUGUAUCACUGCUGUCCUUUUGGGAGAGCAUGUAAGAUGGAGUUUCCUUGAAGUAGCUCAGAAAUGCCACUGGUAUAAGAAAAAAGUUUUCCCUUGUCUGACAUAACUUGGAACAGGUACAUCGCCCUGAGCAGUGAGGAGGACAGUUAUUGGAGAAGCCACGUGCAUGGGCAUCUUAGCUUCAGCUUCUGGCUACAUUCUCUGUUCAGGGCACGCCACGCAGCUACUCCGUGAGCUCCCAGGCUUCUCCUGUUACUGUUUUCUCUGGCUGUCAUUGGAGUAGUCUGGUAAAUGGGGUAAACAGUUGGGCUUUUUUCUGGGCUCCCAAAAGGGAAACUUCACUUAGCAGCUGCCUCGUUGUUACACUAAUGCUCUAGCUUUAACAAAACUAAGAAUCUUUAUUUUUAAAUGCAAUGAACUUUAAAGAAAUAAAGCUUAAAGAAAAAAGCUUUGGCAUCAUAUUAGGGGAAAUGCUCCCUUGGACUCUGAAACUGAAUUGCAAGCCUUACAUCACCUUAUGCUUUACUUGUUUAUGAUUUUUUUUCUAUAGAGAAGACUGUAAGAGUUAUAAUGCUGGAUAUUGAGCACUGGAGUUUUGCAUCAUACAGUAGUAGCAGCAUGCUUAUAAGCCAGUUCUUGUGUUAAAUUCAGUGGUGCACUCCGUUUCCUGAGUGUAUGAAACUUGCUUCUCCCUUCUCAGUUUAUGCCUUCGUUCUUGGAGGAAGAAUUUUUGAAGGCUGCUAGCAACAGGGCCAGAUCAAAAUGGCCAAAGCUGUCUCUAGCACUGUGGACACAAUGUUGGAGGGACUCUGCUCUCUGUGGGCUCCUCAUCUGGUACAUCUGACUGUGACUGGAUGGGUUUUUCAGUUGAAAGCCCCAGCUCUAAUUUUGGUUUACAGAACUGGCAGAGAGUCACGGAGCUCAACCAGUUCCCCCAGGGGCUGGGUGUUUUGCUCUUGAUGUCCAACUUCAUUGCUCAGGAGCUGAAAAGUUCUGAGUUUUCUUCUAGAGGCCUGGUCUUAUUCUAGGCAAGGUGCCUCCACAUAGAAAUACCUAGAGUGAGCAAUUCUGUGCCUUAGAGGCGAAGUAGGACUUACUCAGGUCUUUAGACUUGCUUAUGUACAUAUCUGGGUAGUUUUAGUGGACUGAACUGUUUCUGACCCUUCUUUAGAGAAGCAAGUUUUGACACUUUUCUGCUGAUUAAUCUCCAUUUUUCCCCCACCCCUGCUCCCUUCCCUCUGCAGACCUGGGGACACAGGAUGAAAUAUUAGAAGACAGAUGUACUAGGCAGUAGGUGGAGUGUUGAGUGUCAUUUACCGGCACUCCUUGUUUGACUGAAACUGGCCUCCCUGCGAGCAACAGCCAGUGAAACAGGGACUGCUGGAGCUUGGCUAUAUUGAACUGUUUCUCUUUACAGAUAGAGACUGAGGAAACUUGUCAAUAAAGUAUUCCUUUGGGAGAAAAUGGA